GCUUUUUAUUGUUAAGUUAUAAAAAUGGCGGACGUAAACACAGCUCCGCGAUUAUCGAAAAAGCGAAAGAUGGGAAAAAACAAAAAGAAAUCUUGGAGAGCAUCAAAAGUUGAAGAUAUCGAAGAGUUUCUCGAUGACGAAAGACGUCAAAUACGAACAGGGUACUUGAAUCUCUUAUUUAAUAUACAUAUUCCAAAUCCCUUGUUACACCUGUUAUCGAUAUACGCACGUGUGUAGAGGAGCCUUGAGUUAGAGCGCUUGGUUUGGUGGUAUUUACUUUGGUUUUGAUGCUUUAAACAACAACUAACUGCUAUAUUUGAAACAGCCUUUGCUUUAGUCAAAUAAACCUGGUCAAUAAACCCUUACCCCUGUAAAUAAUUUUUGUCUUGAUGAACUACCUUGGGGAUAGGGAUAGUUCUGAGUUCUCAAACAUCUGUGUAACUGCCCCAUUUGGGCCUUAAUUAACUUGAACUCUCCAUGAACCCCCCCCCCUCCUUUUUUUAAAAUAAAAAUAAAAUUUUCUGUUCCCUAAACCCACCCCCUAGUAUCAUUGAUUGAAAUAUAGGUAUUAUCACCAAUUCUGAGUUCUCAAACAUCUGUGUAACUGCCCCAUUUGGGCCUUAAUUAACUUGAACUCUCCAUGAACCCCCCCCCCCUCCUUUUUUUAAAAUAAAAAUAAAAUUUUCUGGUCCCUAAACCCACCCCCUAGUAUCAUUGAUUGAAAUAUAGGUAUUAUCACCAUUACUUCUAUUAAUGUAUUGGUAAUUCUAAUUUAAUUUGGGCUAAAACCGAGGACGGCUGCCACAGCGUCUUUUGGGUAUUGUUUACGUUUGGGAGUCACUUCCCUUGGCUCAAUUUUAGAAAUGUUGUUUUUUCUUAAGUAAUGUAUAGUAUUCAUGCGCCCGAGGAAUGUUUAAUAUUUUAUUGUUUUGUUAAAGCAGUGGCGGAUUAUGUGGAAACUAUGUUUGGAAAUUUGAGAAUGUUCGAAAUAUUACUGAAAAAUAGAUACAUUAUUUUUUUAUUUGGUACUUUAACAUGAUGCGGAUAUGGAAAGGAGUGCUUAAAUUUUACGUCAGUUGAUUGAUUUACCGCCAUCGCUGUAAGUUCAAAAUUUUUUUUCAAUAAUUUCAUUAUUUCUUCUUCAUUUUAUAAUCAUUUUUGGCCAUUUCUCUUCUUUUUGUUCAUUUUCCUAGUUUUCCUGCCACAGUGAGUCAGUGUGUAAAUUCCACACGUUUUUACUCGCAGCUUUAGGCUAGUUUUAGGGAUCGAUUUAGGAUUCAGGUUAGGUUUAGGGAUCGAUUGUUUUCUUAUUAUAUAUUUUUUGUUAAAUUGGGUAGGGGUUCUGGGGAGUGGUCUUCCCUCCCCAGUCCACUUGAAGAUCACUCCAAAUGCAAUUUAAUUCACGUGUCUCCCUGUUUCUUUCCUUUCAUUUUAUUCUUUUUUUUUUUUUUAUGAACACAUUCCCCCCCCCAAGUUCCUUUUUUCAUAACACGUGUUUUGCACUACUUUUUGGCCUCCAUCUUGGUUGACCCUUCAAAUUACUUCAUGUUUCUUUCCUUUUUUUUUAUUUUUUUUUUUUUUUUAUGAACACAUUCCCCCCCCCAAGUUCCUUUUUUCAUAACACGUGUUUUGCACUACUUUUUGGCCGCCAUCUUGGUUGACCCUUCAAAUUACUUCACGUGUUGUGGCAACCAAGAUGGCGGCCAUCAAUAAAAAAAAAAGUGGCAGGCGUCCCCAUUUUUUACCAUUUGUAAUAGUAUAAAAUUAUAAUUUGCCUAGUAUUAUUCUAUAUUAUAGUUAAUAGCUUCCGGUUAGUAACAAGAUGGCUGACUCACAAAUUUGUGUGUGUACUGAAAUUGAUGAAAACAGGAAAGCAAUGAAUGAAUAUCAAUAUUAACAUAUAAAAUCAAUGUGGGGAAACUAGGGUAAGACUACAAGAGUAAACCCAAACUGUAAAAUCCAGAAUGGAGUCCCGAAGUCAAUCUGAUGCUGAUACCCAUGUCAUUUCGACAAUUCCUGUGAUGCAGUUAUUGCUAAGUUAUAUUGACAGGUGUCAUUCCCUUGGAUCCACUGGCUGCAUGGAGAGUAGGGAUCUGCUGCAUUGGAAUUGGGCCAAAGCUGGUCUCCAUGAAACACUGCCCAGGCUAAGUAGCUGCACUGGUGAUGAAGACACUUCACGAGGAGCGGCCUAAACUGUCUCAAACCAAACAGUCCGGAGUUCAAUCCCCGCCAAAGCCAACAUCCCUAGCACCCCGGGUGGAAGGGACUCGUCAGCCUUGGACGGCAACCCAUCUAAGAGAAGGAAAACUCUGAAUUUAAACCAGGAGCCAGAAUGAUCAUCAAAUUGAUCGUGGGCACCUCAAAUAUAAGAAGAAGAAGAGAUUUUAAUUUUAAAGCAAGGAAAGUAAAUAGAAGGAAGACUCCACAACCUUGCAGCAUGAUGUGCGAAAUGAAGCCCUUGCAACAAAAAGAUCAUUACAAAAAGACAAAUUUAACCAGGAGUCAAAGUUCUCCUGAGAGUAGGGCAGCUGAGACUGCCAUUCCAGGAUUGUGAGCAUUUUGAUUAAAUGUCAAUAGUUACUCUACUGUCUAAUGAAGAUGGAAGGAUGCCUUAUACAUUCUAUAUAAAUAUAGGGCUAUUAUAGUCUAUAGCAGGGCCAGGAAACCCAAUACAAAUUUAGGUUUCCCUAUUAUUUCAUUAAAUCUUAUUGACUCACGUUUUAUUUAUAAAUAUAUAAAUCCUGGUAUACUUAUGAUAGGUAAGGAAAAUAUAUUUUCCUUUUUUUUUUAAAAUGAAUUUCUUUUAUGAAUGCUUAUGUUUAUAAAAAUGUAUUAUAGUUUUUAAAAUUUAAAACAAAACUAAUUUCAAAUUGCGGUUAUUACAGAAUGUUCCAAACAGAAUCAGAAAUGAAGCUUUUAGUGAACGAACAGGGUUUGAUUCCCACCUCUAGUCAUGAUAAUAAGGCAUUUUUUUUUUAUGCGAGUAUUCGCAUAGUUAAUCAGAAUUGUUAAGUCAACAUGUCGAUGUGAUUUACCUGAUGUUGUGUUUGUAUUCAAUAUUGAUGUUUAAAUUAAAUAUCAGCUCAAAAAAUGAUUUUCAGAUUUAUUUUAUUUAUCUUGAAUAUGAUAAGCUAACUUAAUUCAACAAUUCCAGCAGGCAAUUUUCUUGUUAGUAGUUGCAAUUUCUAAAAGAAAUUUCUAAAUAAAACUGUCAUUUUUCUUAAACACUAUUUUACCUACUACUUUUAUUUUUUAUAGAGGUUUGGUCUCAGAGAAGUUGGAUAGAAGUCUCUUUGUUAUAGACAAAAGCUCAAAGCAAGGCUCUGAUUCAGCAGGUAUGUGGAAAAAAAAUAACUAUAACAAUGUAAUAGAAAAGUUAUUAGUACUGUACUAUAUACUCACAUUUAUGUAACACUUUUUUUUUAACCAAAAAUUUUUAUAAAAAUCACUGUGAGCCCUCUAUGCUUGACAUCAAUUACACUAACUGUUAUUCAAUGUGGUGUAGUCAUUUAAUAUUACUAGUAUACAAAAAGUCAUAGAACUUUUUUCUCUUUUGCUCUCGCUGGUGAUUUUUAAAAUGUUAAUUAAAGAUCAUAUAGUUUAUCACAACUGCUUUUCAGUUUACAAUUUGUAAUAGUAAGUUAUAGAAACAUUAUUGUGAUGUCUGUUAACAAAAAUUAUUUAUAGUUCCAUUAAAAAUGGGCCAUGUAGCUCCCCAAACUAAGGCUGUGACCUAUCUGUGGGUCAACAUGAAAUACCUGCUUUAAUAACCCAAAAUUAAUGGUUCAACCCAGCCUAUGGUGUGAGCCAGGAGCCUCCUGGGGCCAAGCUAUACAGUAAAUGACAGCACAAGUUUAGUAAAUAAAAUAAAAUUUCAAAUAUACAUACCGUUCAACUUCAAAAAUAUAGUACAGUCAUUAUUUGUACCUAAUUUUAUAGAUGUUUUAAGAUAUACACAACUACAAGGAAUGUCUAUUGUAAUCUUGUUCAGAUUUUUUAAAUAAUAAAUAUAUUUUUUAUAGACCAUUAAAACUCAUGAUUUUGAUAAAAAAAUUAGAUUCUAAUUGAUUUUAAAUUAUAUUUAUUUAUCUAAUCUUUUUAUACUCAAAGGCACUUGAAAAAAAGAAAUAAAGUUUAUUUUUAUAUCUUAUUAGUCACAUAAUAUAUUAUUUAUUAAAAUAUAAUUAUCAUUACACAAUUUUAUACUAAAUUGUAUUCAAUAAACUUUUCAGUUUUUAGAAAUUAGAAAUCAUCUUGGAUUUGAGAAAGCUAGAAAAUUAGUUUUUCUAUUCAAAUUAUUUUAUCAGGAGCUUAGGUGGAAUCAAAUGACAUUGACAAUAUUAUAACAUUGAUAACUUGAAAGUCUUAUUCACAUAAAUUCGAUAGAGACUGAAUAUAGUUGAUUAUAGGUUUUUAAAACUUUUUUUAAAGUUAAUUAUUUUAUUUUUUAUUCAAAUAGAUUGAAAAAUUAAUUGUGAAAGUCCCUAUUAAUGGCUUUAAUUAAGAUUUUAUAAAUUAUUCUAAUAUUAUUUUCCUUAAAUUUAAAUCAGUAUGAUAAAUCCUUUAAAUUUUAAUAAAUUUAUUUAAAUUAUAUUAACUACAUUAUGUUUCAUCUUUAUAAAAAAUUAAUGUACUUGAAAUUCUAAAGAAGUCCAUAAUCUAAAAAAAGAAGAAAAAAAUCAAAUUUAAGUUUUAAACAAUUCAAUUUAAAUCCAAAUAAAUCUGAUUUUUAAAAAAAAAACUAUAUGUAUUUUUAUCAAUUUUUAGUCACGUAAAAUGGCUUUGUAUGUUUUUAAAAAAAAUAUUUAUAUAUCUUAUGAAUAAGGGAUUUUUAUCUCAGACAGAUGACAUAAUUUAUGAUACUGAAUCAAAACUUUGUUUUAAAUGUGUCCUCUUUUUUUUCCAAAUCAUUAUUAUUAAUUUCAGAACCCAAGUCUAAAAGAAGCCUUCGAAAUAAACCAUUAAAAUGCCUUUCCCUUCUUCAGCCAGACCCACAUAGUAAAAUAGUAAGAAAGUAAGUCCAUUUUUGUUUUUACUUUUGCUAAAUAUGUAAGUUUAAAAAAUAUUUUUGGCAACGUUGUAAAAUUUAUAAGAUCAUCCACAGUUACUUUAGAAUGGGGAGUCUGCCCUGGUGGCUCUUAAAAGUCUUCUUUGGAGGAAAAAAAAAAUACAUUAAAACAUGAAAUAAUAAAAUGAAAAAACAAUAGAGCUUGAGCCGGUAAAGUAGAAAGCUAUAAUCACAUGCCAUUAAGAAGCAGUGUUAGUGCAUUUGGACUCCAGCAUUCUAUGAGUAGGAUCUUUGUUUCAAUUUAUUUGAUUGUUACAAAUUCACUUGCUGGUUGUGGUUUUUUUUGUUAGCUAAAGAAGGAUUUUUUUUUUCUUCUCAAGAUUGCUGAUUGUAACUUUUUUUUUUCUAUGACUAAUAUGGUUAAGGAAUUCAUUAUAGAAAGGUAAUUUUAAAAAUUAGGUCAUAUUUCUUUUUAAACAGAUGUCCCCAAAAUACAUUACAAAACUUUUCUAGCAUAUCAAAAUAUAGGCUUAGUUGAAAUGUGGAUGAAGUUAAAUUCAUCUCUGUAACUACCAUUAGUGUUUUUCAAGACAUAUUUAUCCCACCUUCUGGAAUGUGCUGCUCAAAGCCAUAAUCUCUUUUGGGUUUAUGGUAAAUGGGUCACUACAGCUAUACAUUUCUACAUUAUCAUUUGUCAUUCCUUUACUUUUUUAAAGGGGCUUUUGGGCGGCCCCUGGCACACCCAAAACAGUGAUCCAUAACAUUAUCCAUAGAUAUCCACAUUUCAAAAUAGUAAGCCAGUUCAAGGAAAUGAACACAAGAAAAAACAAGACCCGGAUGGAAAUCCAUCUUCAGUAAAUUUGAGUUAAUUCAAAACAACAAAUGUGACAGAAAUUCUCAUACACACUGAUGUUGACUAACUUUUUACUUAUAGCUUUUAGUUUAGCUCAUCAAAAUAUUUAACUGAGUGGUAAAUUAUAUAUUUUUUUAUUUUAAGAAAGAAAUAAACGUGGCAUCCUAGUUUGUUUCCAAUAAGUAGUUUUUGACUUCUGACCAUAGCUUCCUUUGGCCCUUCGGCUCUUAUCAUAACAGAAGUGCUGCACAACACACUCGGGAGGCAUUGCCAUGUGUCAUAUUCACUUUAAGUCCAAGCCAUGGAUAAAUAUAAGAUUAGGGUUUGGAAUAAAAUACGAACACCUUUUUUACUCUCAUAAGCAUUUACAUAUUAUGUCAUUAAAAUGCAAGGAUAAACUCACCUUGUCACUGAUUAUACAUCUGUGCUUGAUUUUUUUCCCUCAUAAUUUGUUUUUUUAAACAAUACCAUAAUUCAUGUUAAAUUACUUCAACCGUUUCAGGCCGGACGAUAUCACUUUUCAAAAAGGAAAAAGGACUGAAAGAAUAAUUAGCAGAAAUAAUGAGCGGUCUCGUUCUCAAGUUAGGAUAAUUGCUGAGAAGCAGAGACAGAAAUGGAAGGAAGAAAAGUUAAAGGAAAAGAUACACAAAAAACAGCUUCCAGUUGUGACUGAAGAUUUGUGGUUGGGUAGGUUUGACAAUUACAAUAUUUGAAGCUAUUCUAAUUCUCAAAGACAGAGCUUUCCAAACUUUUUAUGUUGUAGACAUACUUUUAGUGGUCCGCAUUUUCACUUAACACCUUCAGGUUUUACCAGCUUAAACAUAUAAUAGCUAGCAUGUUUUGAUUAGUGCAAUUUUAAUAAUCAUAAUCAUGGUCUUAAAAAAUUUACUUUAUUUUCAGCUUAAUGUCAUCAGAAAAACAUCUUAAAUAUAUCUUCCAAAUAUGUUAUGGACCACUACAACAAUUUCGGACCCAAACCAUGGUCCAAUAAUAGCUGAGCUAAAUUCCUUAAUGAUGGGUUUGACAAUAGUUGCUGGUUCAUUAUGUGCGUUUGAAAAGUUAUUUUACAGCCAAGGAACUUGCCAUUUCAAAUGUCUCUGAUAUAUUCAUGACAUUCCCUGAUGAAUGAGGCAGACUGCUUCUUUAUAAAUUUUGAAUCCUCAUUGAAUUUAUCUACUGGCUUUUUGAGGAAUAGCAAUUCUUAGGCCUAAAAUUCCCCUUUAAUUCACUUAGUACCAUACUUUCAUUUGAAAGUGAUAUAAACUUGUGGACAGGGCUUUUACUUUUCUCACAACCCACCACUCUGCAGUUGGAUUGAUGCACAUACAGCCAAUGCAUUUUGUUCAUAGCAAACUUCAAUUUUACCAACUUUUUAUUUCUUAAUUAGAAGGAUAUAUUUUUUUACAGAUGAUUCAUUGCACAUUCAGUGAUUUAACUGCCACUGUAUAAUACAUUUGUAACUAUAAUUUUAAAAAAAGGUGAAAUAGCAGCCACCACACUAACUCGGCACCAAUGAAUAACUGGGAACACAUAAAAUAUAAUAAAGUUUUAACUAUAAUUAUUUUAAAUGUGAAAUAACAGCACAGGCACUAGAUCAUCAGCAAUGAUAACGCACAAUACCCUGCUUUGUACUGCAUGUAUCUGGAAAAGCAUUGUAGCUGGUGCUAUGUGCAGAAAUAAAUUCUAAUAAAUUCAAAAUCUAAAGAGAAAAGACCUUACAAAACAAAGCCAUACCUCCUUUCCAAUAAGUUUAGGUUUUAGAUCAUGGCUAAACUGGCAAUCCAUGUGUAACAUUUCUAUGGAAAAAAGGGAGAUACCAGACUAAAACCAUUAGGAUGAAAUGUGAAUGCAAUAAUGUGUCAUGCUAUUCUGUUCCUUACAUUCCUAAAAUAAAAAUAGUUGCAAUAUUUUCACUUGACAUACCUACACUCUAUAGGGGCCACACAGUUUGGAAAGCUCAUUUGUAGAGGCUGGCCUAUCAUUAUUGUAUUUAUUUACUAAGUGAAGUGACUGUUCUGUUACACUGUACAAGAUAAGUUUCUGCACAAAAUAUACUUGUGCAUUUUAUUAAUCAUUGUUUCAAGUACAACUUAUUUAACUUUUGCUUUCUUUCAUUAUAGCUGAUAAUGCCCUCGAGUCAAAUGGUCAAAAGUUAAAGGUAUCUAAAAAGCACUAUAUUAUUAUUAACCAAUUUUAAAUUCCUGUAUCUGCCAUCAUUUUGACUGCAAGUAAAUAGCAUUUCUAUUAUUUUUAUUUGAAUGCCUGGGAAAUACAGAUCUAUUUAUAAUUUAUAAUAAAUGCAUUUUAUAUCAAAUAAACUAUUUUUAUUUGAAAUAACAAAAUUUGGAGCCUAAAAUUUGUUAAAUUAAAAAUAAUUUUCUUUAAGCAUAUUUGUCAAUCGUAUUUAGUUUUUUAAAAAUCAGAAUACAAAUUCUUAUUUUUUUUAUUUUCAGCGUCCUAGGAGGCAACUGACAAGUGCUUUGUCAGCCACUCAUAUUCCACAUCCGGGUACAUCCAUAAAUCCAUCUUAUGACGAUCAUCAGGUAGAGUAAAGUAGUUUUAAUUUAUAUUCAAGAAUUAUUCCAGUAAAUUCAGUGUAGACAAUGUGCUAAUCCUUAGUUGAUGACAUCCAUUACCCAGUCCAAGAUGCCUAGUAUGUAAAGAAUUUGAUUAUUGUUUUACCAAAAUCUUAAUUUUUAAGCUGUUUAAAAAAUUUCAUAGUUUUUACUUUAUGUUGUUGUCAAAUAUUUGUUCUUCGUCUGUCCACUUUUAUUGAGGGGAUGCUGCAGGGAGGCACAGUUGUCAAUUAGCCGCAAGAUGUGAGACCUGCUGAAGUCAUGUUUGUUUUUACUUAAAAACACUAGACUGAGCUAAAUCUUUUUAUUUGUGUGUUAAAUAGUCUUACUGUACCAACCUUUUUCUUUUGAAUAUUCAUAUUUCCUCAGGAUUUGCUACUGCUGGGACAUUUAAAGGAAGAGCAGCGGAUUAAAAACGAGAAAAAAAUUCUUAAUGCUCUUAAGUUUCCCUCUAAAGAAGAUGCCCCAGAUGAGGUGAAUUUAUUAUUAUAUUUCUUUAGAAUUGCUCCACACACUUAAGAAAAUGAGUAUUCAUUAUGUUGAUCUGAUGUUAAUCCGGGUCUCUGAACAUGGUUGAAAUUUUCGGGGAACGGGUGUUGUUUGCAUCUAUAUUUUUGCCCAGUGACACAGAUCGUAAUCAUCGUUCACCCUUGCUCCUGAUUAACGUAAUAGCUCUAUUCUUUAUCUGCUUUGCCUUUUCAACUCCCAAUGGAGCAUAGGCCAUAAACAAUUUCUUUCCAAGCCUUCCGGUCUCUUGCUAUUGUUUCGAACUCUUUCCUAAUCUUUAUUACAUCCUGUUGACCGCUCUUUGCCAGGUGUUUAAAGGUUCCAUACCAGUGCAUGUCUUGUUAUAUUUGGCAUCUGCUUUCUCAUGAUAUGACCUAUCCAUCUCCACCUUCUUUUCCAGAUCUAUUGCUUUGAUGCGAUUUGUGCUGUCAUCUCCCUCACUGCUGUAUGAGGGAAGAGGCAUUUGAGCUAAAAAUUCUAAUUUAUGUAUUUCUCCUUAUUUGCCUAGAGCUCUAAAUAUUUUUAAGUAAAGCAAAAGCUCCUCUUGCCUUUUGUAUUCUUGCCUUGAUGUCCGCUUCAGAUCCUCUAUCCCUACUAACUAAACCUGCUAGAUACGUAAAAUUAACUGCUUAUCCUAGAGAUUUUCACCAUAUCACUACAACUUCUGAUCUUUUUGCAUUAAUUCUCAUCACUUCUGUUUUGUUUUCAUUCAUUGCAAUCCAGUCUUUCUGGAUAUUGAAGUUUUAUCUUGUAUGUUUUUUAGAUUUGGAGUAUAAGGGGGAAUGUCAUUUUCAAAAUCCAAAGCUUGUAAGUCUUUGAAAAGGAAAGCUCUAUAAGUGUGACUAAUUUUGAAAUAAAUUAUAAUUUAUAUUUCAAAGCAAAAUACAUUAUAAUUGUGGCUGAUUAGUCGGCAUUGACCAAUUUAUUUAUUGGAUGCAACACUAUUUGGACAUUUUUAUGAAAGAAAUUUGUUUGAAGGAAAAUUAUGUGUGGGAACUUUGUUUGAACGGACAUUUGUUAAAAAUCAAAUUUAAUAACAGGAGAUUUUUAUUAAAAAAAUUUUUUAUCAGUUUUGAGCAAAAAGACCCUGCUCUAGGCUCUGCCUUACAACACUGGUUUAAAAUAAAUGUUAAAUAAAGGGUAAGCAUUUGAAAAGAUUUUUAUUGUGGUCAAAUUAAAGCUUUAAAAAUAUAGGCAUUAAAUUUUUUAAAGUGAUUUAUCUUCUAAGUAUUAAGCUUCUGAUUUUAGUUCACCUACAUGGUUGAGAUGUCAGCUGGACUUGUAGAUGAUACAGAUGAGGAAGAUGAUUUAGAGGAGGAGGGGGUCGAUGCAAUUCCUGUAUCAGCCAAUCCGCCAGUCAGAAGAGAAGACAGAAAAACAAAGCGUCAAAAAAGAAAUGAAAAAGUGGAAGAAGAAAAGGUAAAAAUCAAAAUAUUAAAGUUGUAUUAAAUCUUGUGUCAGUUCUGGAAUGGCAUGGCUCCAUUUUCUCUAAUUUUUGUAAAUCAAAUAAAAAGCAUUUCUUACCACAUGCCUUGAACCAAAUAUCUUAAAUUUAGUCUAAAUACAUUUUUAUCAGUUUUUUAACAAUGUAUUAUAUAGAUUUUUGAAAACAUUUUAGAUAUUUAAUUGUACCAUCUUCUCUUUUUAUCAGGCAAAGAAAAGGGCAAUGGAAGAAAAAGUUAAAAAAAGAGAAAACAUGGUUUUGAGGUAAUGCGGUUGGUAUAUAUACUUAUGCCAUGUCCAUAACCUCUCAAGGAAAUCUGAAGAAUAAACUAUACAGCAGAAAAUUAUUGUUAAAAUAUAUUUGUCACAAGAUGAAUCCCCUUUUGUCUACCCAUAUUAAUAUAUGUGUGGUUAUGAUUGUUAUGAGUGAGCAAUCUUUUGUAGCUACAAGCCAGAUUUAAGAAGUAACAGAGGCAUGGGAGGCAUAAAUUGUGAAAGUGAAAGGAGGGGGGUAGGGAAUGGAUUUUUCAGGAAUCAUAUGGAAUUAAUAAUCACGUUUUCUUUAUUCUCAAACUAUGUUAAUGAUUAUUAUAACUAUAUUAUGUGUAAAUAAAUAAGAACAAUAAAUUAUAGUCUGUAAUAAUUAUAGUAUAAUUGAUUAUCCCAAAAAUAAAAUGUACUCAAUCAAUACAAAACAGAGAAAAUUGGGAUUACAUCAGAAAAGCGAAACAACACCAUACAGUAGUAAUAUCUGAAAUCAAAAUUUAAAUUACAAGUUCAUUUUUAUUUUCCAUUUUUUUUUUAUUUUAAGGAAAAGCGAGCCAUAGUUUUCGCACCCCGGUAUUAGAUUAAUACAACUAAAUGUUAACUGAAUCAAUGAAAAUUUAAAGAAAACAGCAACUAUAUUACUUUUAAAGUUUUCAUUUUUAAAAUUUUUUUUGGGCUCUUAAAAAGUAUAACAAAAAUAGCUUCAAAAUAAUUCCUUUUAACAGAUCUAGUGCUAAUGAACACAAAUAUCCAAGAAUUAGCAAAGGUAAAUAAAAUGAUGAAGAACUUAUACAAAGAGCUCUCUUAAAUGGGGACUUCUGACUACCACUAAUAACAUUUAAUAUUUAUUUUUAACUAUAAAAGGCUCUAAGUUGUUAAAUUUAACAUGAUCAAUUCUCGCCACAUAGCAGCAUUUAAAAUAACUACCUACCUCAUUUAGUAAUUUUUUAAAUUGUUUUUCAGAAUACCAUCCCUUAAGUCAGAAAUCAAUAAAGCAGAAAGACAGAAGUCAGAAAGGCAAGCUCUCAAGCAAAAGAAAAAGGAAGAAGAAAAGUUCAAGACAAAGCGUCUUGGUUUAAUCAAAUAUCCUUUUUUUUCAUUCAGCAAUAAAUUUUUAAAACAAUUCAAAAACAAAAAAGUAUUAAGUAGACGGCAAAUUGAUUUGUAAUGUUUUUCAUUCAUAAUCUAUGGAAGAACAUCACUGCAUUGAAGUACAAAAUGAAAAUGUAUGUAUGAUUAUUUAACUUCUGUUUCCUUAAUUCAUUGAACAUUUGAGGAACCCGACCUUGAUUUGAAGCUUUCAUCUGAGCUAGUUGCUUCUUUAAGGGAAGUCAAGGUAAAAUAUGAAGAAAUUUAUUUAUUAUUGUAAGAUUUAUUGCUUGUAAAUGCCCAAAAUAAAUAAUACUUAUAUAUGAUAUAUGUUAUGAGUUUUAAGACCUUAGCAAAUAUCAACAAAUCCAGAAGAAAAAAAUGAUUGAAAGCUAACCACACUAUACUGUCUUUAUUUUUUUCACAAGAAGUAAAAGCAUUACAAAGGGCCAUCUCCAGAUUUUUUAGGUUUGGAUUUAUGAAUAUUAGCAGACCCAUUGGCUUUUUUUCAUUUUUAUAAUGGAUUUAUUUACUAAGUUUUUUUACAAAAAUUACAAACAUGAUUAAUUAAAUGAAAUGGCCUUGUCCCCCUUGGAAGCUGUUUCCAGUCUGACUUAGUGGCAGAUCAAAGUGACCACCAUGGUACACCAUGUGUACCUAUGUGUUUUUGACUUAAUAAAUUUAAGGGGUUAACAUGGAAAAGUUAUGUUCUGACAUUUGAUAUUUUCACUUCUCUCCACCCCAAUGAAAUUUAAAAAAAAAUAUUGUCACUUUUAACCUGUUAUUCUGUUACCUUUAGCCUGAAGGUCAUCCACUUCAAGACGUUUACAAAAGUAUGCAGAGAAGGAAUAUUAUUGAACCAAGGAUAAGACAAAAGUAAGUAGUGCAUUGACUUUGAAGAUAGAACUAAAUAAUAAUCAUUAUAUGGCAUUUAUCUCAUUCACUUUAUCUAUCAAUUAACUGAUUUAAACUUAUUAGCAGUGACUUAAGUUAUUCUUAAAAAAAUGUCUAACAGGAGGAAAAGGAAGUACAAGCUAAAGACGUUUGAGAAGAAAGGUCACAAAGAAGUCACGUAAGUAUUUUAACUAUGGAUGUUAACAGAUAAAAGAUUUAUGUUUCAAUAACAGUUAUUUUUACUUUAUUAUACCGUACCUAAAAGGCUUGUAUUAAUUAAAUAAUUUUUAAAAAUCUGGACUAAUUUUCUCUUUAAAAAUUCAUUUUUAUUUUACAUUAUUUUUACUUCUUUAUGAUAAAAUUGAUAACUUAUUAGGAAAAGAUUAUUUGUUCCUGGUGUUUAAGCAGUGAAAGAUUUGAUUAAAAAAAGGAUGCCAUGAGGAUGAAUACAUUUUGUUAACAGGAGGAUAAAACCCCAGUAACAAUCUGUGAAAGGAGAUUGAGAUUCUCUCUAGGCUAAAUAAUGAACUAAUAUAAUUGUCGGCAAAGCUGCAUUGCUUCAAAUCUACUAUUUCAAUUUCAAAUUAAUGCAGCGACCAUUUGCUCUAUGGGGGUCAUUAUCAAGAACCCACUCCCAAUCAUUUAAUAUAAUGAGAAAUGGAGCAUUCAUAAUUCAUUAGAAACAAUGAAUUUGUAAUGAAUGAUGUUGAUAGAUGGUGUGAAUCGUUACUUAUUGUAUUUGUACUUUAAGGUACCUAGCCAUUAGGCAAAUUUGUCACUAUAUACUUAACAUGGUUUCACUAUAGCCCGGAUUAGGAGAUACCGGUAGCACAAAUUAAGCCUUGGACCCUAAAAAUCAAGGUUCAAGUGAAAUCUGUGCUCUUAUAAUUUAUCCAAUUUUAUCUUUGUUUCAGAUUAUGAUUCAGCCAUAAGGAUUCCUGUAAAUAAAAUUGAAAUAAAUGAUCUUUUUCAAAGAUAAU